AGCCCGCUUCCAUCUCAGAUUGCAUCAUCACUUACAAUCAGGUGAGACUGUAGUCAAUCAGUCAGUCAGGGGGAAAAACAUUGUAGGAAAUAGUAGUCCGAGACGGAUAUGACGUCAGGUGGCGCGACUUGUUUCCGUUAAGAGUGGGGAGUUAGAGAGGGGUACCGAUCGGUUGGCGGGAACGACUUGCUAUAUAAGGCUCUCGUCGUGCUGUCAGGCUUUAGUAUCAUUCAGUAUACUCGUGGCGUUCGAGCCAUCCACAUCACUUGUUGUGUAAUACUUUAUGGGUUACUUGGGAUAGGCGGGGAGAGUGACUUGAGUGGAAAAUGGGAAGUUUUGUUAACAAUCAAAGGAUCCUUUAGCCCUACACACAACGUUCACAAGUGCGUGACUCAACUCAAGGUCAUUCUCUGCCUUUCUAGGGUCUUAUUUUGGUUACAGUUUGAUUUGUUAAUUAAGUCCAAUUCCAGCACUUUGGGACCCCAACGUCCAUCGGCUCUUCGAACUAUGUGCCCCGCCCAUUGCCACUUCAGUUUCGCAACUCGUUGAGCUAUGUCGGUGACUUUGGUUCUUCUGCGGAUCUCCUCAUUUCUGAUUCGAUCACGAUAUAAUAGUACAAGUAGUUAAAUAGUAACAAAUCGUAAAGAAAUCGAUAAAAUGCUUGCAUACGUCGUAUUUCAAAUGAAAAUAAUAAUUAUUUUAAUCAGAAACAAUGGAAAAGUUGAUAACAAUUUUCUUUCUACAAAUAUGAAUGUAAAAUAUUUCGUAAUAAUUAUUUAUUUAGGAACAUUAAAAAUAGUUAUUAAUUGCAAAAAUAUGUCAAAAUCAGAUACGAAUGGAGCCAAAUUGCAUUUAAAAUUUGAACAUGUAAAAAAAGUUUGCGCAAACAGAGACAGUAUAUGCAAAAGUAAUGAUACACGUAUUUGUACUGAGAGAGUUUUUGGCGGGAAAAGUGAUUAUUUGGAUUUUGAAAAUGCGUGUUAUUUAUUUUUGUACAACAUGUGCGAUGAUUUUGAAAGGGAAUACUCCAUUGUAUCAUCAGGCACCUGUGUCGAAUAUUUCAAGUCGAGAAGGCACUAUCUUCCGCAAGAAACUGUCAAAGUUGGUAGCACCAAAAAAGCACUCCGCAGUGGGACUAAAAUGUUUAGUCCACUAUACGAAGUGGAGACAGCGUUCGACCUUCAUACGUGUCCGUUGUCGUGCCCACCAGUCUACAGCCCGGUGUGCGUCAACGUGAAUCGUGGACACGGACUCUAUUUCAAAUACUUCACGUUUGUCAACCAUUGCGUCGGGGAUCUAUAUUACUGUCGCCAUUGGGAAGAAUUUAUGCCCCCGCCAGGGGAAACCGAGCUUGUAAAAAGUUCCACGUUGAGUUGGUCGUUGUGUGCAGCUAACAGAUAUAUCCAGUUCGCUAGAUUCACAGAGGUGACAUCUUCUAUGGGUCAUUACGGCUGGCUAGCCGGAGAUUACAGACCAACACAAAUACUGAAGCCUCACCAAAGGAAUCCAUUAUUUGGUUAGGAAGAAGCGGACUGGGCGAUUCUAGACAUUGUCUAGAUUUUGCUAAGUUCUCAUCAAUGAAGAUUUUGCACCACAAAUAAAAUCGAGCAACUGUUUAUUAUUUAUUAUUUUUUUUUGGAACGUUUUUUGAAAUUGAAAUAAUAUGUCCUUUUACAGGCAAUUAGGUUCUUUUUUUUAUUCUUUACAAGUUAGCCGUUGAUUACAAUCUCGGUGGUAACUAGCCACGGCCAAAGCCUCCCACCAGCCAGACCUGGACCUAGAAAACCUCAAUCGGCCCAGCUAGGGAUCGUACCCAGGACCUCCGUCUUGUAAAUCCACCGCGCACACCACUGCGCCACGGAGGCCGUCAAAAAUUAAAGUUUAUUUACUUAAAUUUUAAUUUAUUUUAAAAAUUUUAUAUUUAGCCACCCUUAUUAGGUGACCAUUUCCUUUUCAUAUUAUUGUAUUUGCAUAAAACAGCAUAUAAAAAGGUAGGUUGAAUGUCAUAUGUAUGAUUAAUGUAGAAAAAAAUGCACCACAAUUAUAUAUUAACACAAUGUAAGCCUUUAUUAUAAAGGUUGUUAAAAUGGAGAAUUUCUUCUGUGCAUGCUCAUUCUGUUUAUGAGAACUCAUGCCUUGCAAGGAACACUUUGUAAGUGGGCAACAUUUUUGGGCAAAAUGUGUUAAAAUGGGCAAACUAAAUACCCAACACUUACUUAACUUUUAAGCAGUGGAGAAACAAAAGUGACUAUGGAGACUAUAUUAAAACUAAGUAAGCUUUUAUUAUAAAAGUUAACUAAGUUAGUUCUGUUAUUAACUUAUAAUAAUGUAGCACAACA